UCAUCCCACGUGACCCAGCUGUCAAAUAUGGCCGCCCCCCCACCCGUGUUCGGAGCUCGACAUCGAUCACAUAUCAUCAGCAAAGAUCUCGGUAGCGGUGAAACGCGGACAGAUCCUCUCCCCUCGGGUCUCCGGUCCUGAAUGCUGGUAGAAGGUGGAGCGGAAUGCACUGGGGAUGCUGAACUCUAAACAAAUGAGACUUUGACAGAUCUAAAAGCUGCAAAGUCUUGAAGCAAGUGCUACAUUCUAGGAAGUCCUAGGAAACUUCUCCAAUUCUAGUACGCACACCCAUAUCGCACAAUCAUGCAGACAGACCCGGUCUUGGUGGAGUCCAUGGUGGUCUUUUCCAUUGUGCUGUGUGUGCACAUGGCUGUGUGGACCCAACUCUCAUGGUGCUGCAUUGCCCUGGCCGUCCAGGCCUUCUAUGUCCAGCACAAAUGGGACCGUCUCCUGCGGACCGGUGCUGCAGUAUUCCAGUUCCGCCCCUCGGCCAACAGCGGCGUCCUGCCUGCCAGCAUGGUCCUGCCCCUGCUGGGGCUGGCCCUGAGAGGUCGCUGUGUCACUGUUGGGAAUGUCUACUUUGAGCGCUUCGCCAUGGUGAUUACAGUAACUGGGAUGAUGCUGGCGCUGUUUCUGUCGCUCAUUGCCUUGGGCAUCACCCGGCCGGUGCCUACCAACACUUGCGUGAUUGCGGGUAUUGCAGCCAGCGCCAUCCUCUAUACAGUCAAGCAAACACUAACUGUGUCGGAGGUAAUCGAGGUUCUGGAGGUGUUGCUGAUCUUCGUCUACCUUAGCCUCAUCCUCCUCUACCUCCUGCCACGAUGCUUCACGCCUGGAGAGGCACUCCUGAUCCUGGGUGGAAUCAGUUUCAUCAUUAACCAGCUCAUCAAACGUUCGCUGGCUGGCACAGCCAAUGCAAACGGCGACCCCCUGCACUUCUUUCUCCCUGUGGCUGCGGUGGGCUGUGUGCUGCUGGGCGUAUUCUUUGCUGUCCUCUUCCUCUUCAUGGAGUCUGAGACCUGGUCCGCAUCCGUCUUCUUCCACCUGAUGACUGCUGUGCUGGGCUUGGGACUGCUGGUGCCAUGGCUGUCCCUGCUCACCCAGCACCACCCAGUCGCCUGGAUAUUCCACUUCCUCACCCUCAGCAACACUCGCCUCUGGUUGCUUGCAUACUGGAGCAUCCUCACAAUGGUGGCCAUUGCUGUGGUGCUGCGCCAAAACAGCCGGCGCACAGGGAGCAGCAAGAAACCACAGGCGUCCACGGCAGUGAGGAAGUACUUUCACCUGCUGGUGGUGCUGACCUUCGCGCCCGGCCUUGCUUUGGACCGGCCUCUGCUGCACCUGGCCGCCGUGGUUUGCCUCGCCGCCUUCCUCUUCCUAGAGCUGGUACGCUUCUUCCGUAUCCGGCCGCUAGGUGCACCCUUGCGCCGUCUGCUCACACUUUUCUUGGACGAGAGGGACUCCGGACCCCUGAUCCUCACACAUAUCUACCUGCUGCUGGGCGUCUCCUUGCCCCUGUGGCUGACUCCCGGACCCUGCACCCCCAAAGGUGGCCUGGGAGGAGCGGGAGGGCUGGUGCCCUAUGCCGGUGUCCUAGCUGUGGGGAUCGGGGACACAGUGGCAUCUGUUUUUGGAAGCACGGUGGGUGAGAUCCGCUGGCCGGGCACCAAGAAAACGUUUGAAGGUACAGCCACAUCUGUGUUUGCACAGGUCAUCGCAGUGGCCAUUUUCCUGAUCGCUGAUGCCAGCAUAAACCUAAAUGCCAGUUACUCCUGGGUGGUCGGGUCCAUCGCAAUGGUAGCAAUGUUAGAAGCAUAUACGUUGCAAAUUGACAAUCUGCUGCUCCCCCUGUAUUUAUACGUACUGUUGCUGUUAUGAGCAUGCAUGCGCAUAAACAUUCUUACACGAUAUAACACUAUACAAAUGCAGUACAUGCACUCUGUUGUGAAGAUGCAUAAUUGUAACAGCUAAAACACACACAGCUUUGUAUGUGAAGUAUUCCUGGAAAUCUUGACCAGUUGUAGAUGAUGGAUAUAUUUGUUUAUUUAUAAUGAUGCUGAACGUCAUACCUCCCCCUUAAAGGAGAACUUUGGUGUAAAACUAACUUUUGGUGUAGUAAAACAUGAUAAAGAGUACUUACCUUUGUUGAAAAGAAUCCAAAUAGAAAUACCAAUUAGGUUUGGAGCUACUUUGAGCCUGGAUAAAGUUGUAAAAAGCUAUUUAUCUGCAGGGGCAAGUGUAUGCCCCGAAGUUCCCAUUGUAAAAAGUGCUGGGCAAAAAGCACAAAAUUACUUUAUCUCAGAAAGCUCCAGGAGAACAGAGGUGGGUUAUUCAACAAAGGUUAGUACUCUUAAUUAUGUUCUACUACACGAAAAAAAAAGAAAUUUACACUGAAGUUCUCCUUUAAUUUAGUCCACUCCAACUCUGGAUAGUAAAUUUGUAACUGUAUUAGAAUGGCCUAUAUACGCAGUACUUACAGGUACAAUGAAGAACCUGGGCACCUCUGUAACAGGUACAGUUUCGAGCAUGCAAUAAAUAUCAAUACUUUGUUCUUCAAAGAAACUGUACGUAAGCCAUGUUCAGAGGUGUUUAGGAGUUGGGUACCACGUUUGGAUUGUUCAUGGACUUCAGUGACUUCAGUUGUGGUUGGACAGGAUUCUCGAUAACACUCACUCUAACUAUUGCAGUAAUUACACCAACAUGUACACUUACAAUGUAAUACACGGCAUUUACAUUGUGAUACUCACACUGCAAACAGUUAUGCCCUAGCAAACCACAAAGCAGCAAUACAGGAAGCCCUUUAUCCAUGAGAGCUACCACAGAACCUUCUAACAACACAGUAGAAUUAAUCUCAGACACAAAAGCAACCACUCAACAACCCACAAUCACCACAGGUAUUACCACAGCCAUCACUUAACAGCUGCUCUGUUAUGCUCUACCAACCACAUAGCAACACUACAGCAAUUACAACACCAUAACAUCCAUAUCAAAUAUAACAGCACCCAACGCUCACCUAAAAUAUCCACAGAAAGCACUCAUUAUCCAUAAGAGAUAUCAUAGAAAUGAUCUAAAAACGUUCAUCUUGAAUACUGUAAUAACCACAUAGAAAACCACAAGCACCACCUAAAACACCACAGCAACCACCGAACAGCUGCCUAUCAAUGCUAUAGCAGCCAUCCAAAAUACUGAAGGUACCAACUAACAACUUACAACCUGGCAUCCACUUGUAGUACCACAUGAGCCACCUAGGAUUUGCGCAGCAUUGUCUUUGACAUUCCAGGUUAUAUCAUCUCAGUUUUUUACAAAUACAAAAGUGAAGUAGAAUGCUCCAAAAAAACAAAUGUUCCCCUCUAUUUGUUUCUUCAGAGUUCAAAUGUUACUACUCUUUAACAGUUCAGACUGGGCUUGGUGUGAAAUGGUGCAUCGUAGAAAAGCUUAUCAGAAAAGAGGAUUUCUUUACAAUGGUGGAGAAUGUAACUAGACAUUGCUGUGACUACAACACUUUAUUCAUAUAUUUAUAUAGCCACUUAAUUCGCUGUCCAAAACCACCAGUGAACCUAUGUUUGCUUUAUAUGAAAUGUUGAUAGUGGAAAAACAGAAACAAAUCUAAAAAGAAUUUCUGUGGGCAUUAUUUUGCAGGUGCCCCUCCACCUUAAAUAAUUUAAGCUAAAACCUUUCUGAAAACAGUGCUAGAACACAUUCAUCAGGCAGUGUGUUCAUAACUAUUUUAAUAUUAAAAAUAAUAAUAAAGAUGGGUACCUAAAUGUGAGUUUUCUUUAUAAUUAACUUUAUUUGGCUCCUUCUUUCCAAGUUGAAUUUAUGUCUGUUAUAUUUCACCAGUAUUGCUUUCCUCUCGAUGUAGAGUAGGUGGGCCUAAAAGUGGGUCAUGUUUAUGUCGGCAUACUCUUGGCCAACUAGAAAUCUGACAUGGCUCCAACCUCUCUUUGAGCCUAAGCAACCUAGAGAGCUAAAGGUAAAGCUGCAGCUAAAAUCUUAAGAGUUAAAGCUAAACCUGGAGUGUUAAAGCUACACUUCCAAAGCUGAUCUCACAGAAAGGCAGAGAACGCAUUGUUGACUUUUGCAGAUGACCUUAUUAUAUGUCUGCUUUGUGUCUUUUUUAUUUCUAACUUGUUUAGUAUUAUACAAAACAAAUCAAUUUAUCAAAAUGUGUUCCCAAAGGCUAUAAACUCUUCAGACAUCUGGUUCAGUUCACCACCACUGUAAACAAUUACCAGUCAACAAGGGUCAUUUUGGUAUUCAGGGUGAGCCAUCAAACAUAUUCAGAUUAGUUUGGUCAGGAAAGUUUUUGAAUUAAAUCAUGGGCUUUAUUAUAAACCACAUACAUACACAUACAGUAUAAACACAUACAAAACCAUCUUCUCAAGCAUGCAAGAAAAAAAGUGGUUCCGCAAUACUUACAAUACACAUUUCAUAUAAUCCAGCAUAGCUUCAACUCUUCUGUUUCAGAGUCCUGGAAGCAGAGGGAUGCCUAUGAAGAACAUGACUAUCUUUGUUUUUUAUUUUAUUUUAUUUGAAUGCUGGAUGUUGUAUUCUGGUUAUACUGAUGUAAUAAUACAUGUCUAUAAUGCAAAACAGACAGACUGAAUCUAGAACUUCUUUGCCUUGUAUUUUGAUUCUGGAAUUGUACUGAAAGCCGUGAGUAAAUGUACACGUGUAGAACUGUAAGAUACUCCUUUGUUGCACAGAUCUGAGACCAGCUUUAAUGUACAUGGUGUCCUGAUGAAUGUCCAGAACAUUCUGUUGGAUCUUGACAUUUUGUUAAUUUCUAAGAAUAGAAAUAAUCUCAGAUUUUCUUUUUUCUCUUGUUCAGUAUUUUGUAAAGCAUUUCAGUUCAGCGGGUCGAGCAGCUGUGCUGAAGUUUAAGUUGUGUCUUCAGUUGUUUUUCAUUGAAUGAAUUCAAUAAACUAUUGUUUUGUUUCA